AAGGGUCCUAUUGAGGGAUAACCACAAAAUUACUGUAGAGAAUGAAACUGUGAAGUUGCGUGUGGCAUCAUCAUCGGGGGGAAAUCCAGAAGAGGCUUGCUCUCCGUUGCUUGGUGCUACAAGUAAUGAAUUAUCAGAUGUGUCAAGAGAAGCACAGGAAGCUCCCAACUCUGAGAGUGGGCUUGGAGCGGAGGGUGGAGCUGAGGUGUCUCCUCAGAGCUCUGCUGUGGUGCUGCAGAGGGUUCCUGAGACCAUGCCGAGAGAAAUGCUGUCGUUGCUGGUGGAGACCAUCUCUGGCCUGGAGGAAGACAACUUCUCCCUGGAGGUCAUCAGUGAGACAAACAGAGCUGUCGUGACAUUCAAUAAUCCCAAAGAUGUGGAGCGGUUCCUCACUGAGAGCAAGAGCAACAAGAGUUUCCAGAAGCAGGGUUUGAUUGGCCGGUUGCUAGAGAGGGGCCAGAGUGUGAGAGUGGAGAACCUGGCCUCCAACAUACCUCAAGAUAUGCUGGAGCUCUACAUUGAGAAGUGGGCUGGCCUAGCAAAGGACAUCACUAUGUUUCCUGAGGAGCAGGCAGCCAUUGUCACCUUCCACGCACCAGAAGUUGUGGAAACCACUCUAAAUAAACGCCUUGUAAUUAACAAAGUCCCAGUCAAUGUGUAUCCAUACUACGAGUCCUUGGGCACUGCCUUGUAUGGAAAGGAGAGGCCAAGGUGGAAGAUGCCUGACCCCUUCAUAGUGAGUGUGCAUUCUGCCAUAUGGAAAUUCCUCUCCAUGAAGAGACAGUUGUCCCUCAUCACUAACCAGAUGAAGGCCCACUUCUGUCAUGUAGACAUGGAUAGUCCUGAGGUAAAACUCAGUCCUCUGCCAACCCUGCUAAGGCAGAAAGGACUAACAAGCCAACAUGUAGACGGAUGGAAGAAGAAUGCCUUGAUUGUCUUCCCGUGGAAGGCAGUGAAGAACGAAGUCCACUCGGUGGUGAAAGAGGAUGCUGUCCUGGCUAUGGAUGCCUCCAAAGGGUCUCUGACAGUUGCAGGUCUGGCCGAAGACACAAAACGACUCAGGGGGCCGGUGGAAGACCUCAUGCAGAGGGCCAUGAGUCAGAUAGAGAGGCAGAGGGACGGCAUCUCGGAGGAGAUGGACAUGUCCCCUGCCAUAUUCUACAUCCUGCAGCAGGAAGGACUGCGGAAGUGUGUAGCAGACGAAGCCCCAGAUAUGGGAUUUUCCCUACAAAGAUGA